CCAGAGAGAGCGCUCCACUUUGGAUCGGGAGGCGGGGGAGGAUUGCAAAGUUUCAACUAAAGUUUUUUUUGUCACUUUCUCGGCUCUGCUUUUCCAGUUGCCGCCGCCUUCUCCCGCUCCUCCCUUCUCUCCUGAUCGGGUCCCUGCGGGUUUUCCAGCCGCACUCUCUCCACUCCUUGACCCCCGUUCCCCUCUCUCCCCAACCCCGAAUCCUGACCUUCCCACCCCCUCAACCUCCAGGAGCCUCUCCCUAGCCCAGAGCCUGUCCCUGACCCCCCGCUGUCCCUCGGCACCCUCAACCUCAGAAGCCUCUCUCCAACCCGGACCUCCGCUCCCGACACCCCUCCCCCCACCAGCAGCUCCACUGUCCCCUGACUCCCUUCUCGUCCUCCCCUACUCAGACCCCAGACCCCACCCAGAAUUCUAUCGGUAGCUCUACACCUUCGGUUCCACUGACCCUUGGCACCCUAAGGCAUCCCCACCCCCUAAACUCUCCCCCCAGCCCAGAGCCUGCCCCUACUGCUCCACUUUCCCUCUGCUCUCCUGGCUCAGACCCUUAAGCCACCCCCUAUCUUGACCCCAGCCUUAGCCCAAUACGCUGGCCUCAGCCCAGGCCCUAUCCUUGCACCCUUGACCUUCCAGACCUAACCCCUGCUCCAGGGUCCUUGUUCCAUUCUGUGCCUUCUCUUCCUUCCUCCUUUCCUUCCCCAGCCUCUCACCCCCAAUUCUGCUUUUCAGGCCUGUGGUCCGCCCCCACUUCGGCCAUGCCCUGGGCAUCCAGCGGACCCGCCCUGUCCGUCUUGGUGCUACUGGGAAUCCUGGCGGCCGUCAUGUCGCUCCUGUCAUCGCAGCUCCUCUUCCAGCUCCAGGCGGGCCGCGCCGAGCUCUGGGGCCGGUCCCUGGCCAUGGAGGGGGCGGCCGAGGGGGCCUCCGGGGUCCUGCUGCCCUUGGCUUCGGCGCUGAGCGCCCUCUGCCUGGUGCUUAACUUCUGUGCGCUCUUCUUUUGCCUCCUGCUGUGCCAUCUCAGCGCCGAGCUGGCACGGACCAGCCCAGACAGGGCUGACUGGUUCCUGUUGGACAGCCGCUGUCUCCAGCAUGUCGCUGUCGGCUUCUUCUGCUGUGGGGUCUCGGUGUACUUAGCAGCUCUGUCUAUCUACGUGCUGCUGCUGUUUGAAAUGGAAACGGGGAUUGUCAGUGCCUGCAUCCUGUCCUCUGGUAUAGUGGUACUGUUAAUCACCCUCACCCACAUACUGCUCAGGGCAUCAAAGGCCUCCCACCGUCACCUCCCUGAGCCCGCCCACACCCUCUAUGAGAACAGCACAACCCGCCCCACCAGGGACUUCUACAAGCAGGCCCCAAGCGGCAGGGCUCGACCUGAUAUCCACCGGGAGUUCUCCUACCCUCCUUUCCUGGAGGCUCGACCUCACCUGGCCUCAUCUUCACUCCCCCCAGGGAAUCCUGUGCCCGCUGAGGAGGGUGACCGUGGGGCACCCAGGAUGCACCGGACGCUGUCAGCAGAGUUGGGGCUGCUGGGGGCCCGGGCCAGACCCUGGAAUGGGGUGGCUCAGGAGAUGAGGGGGGUGCUGAGUCGAAAGGCCGGCAGCUCUGGGAAAGACUCCACCCUGGUGUGAACACUCCCCCCCCUCCCCGGGGGGGGCCCUCAGUGUGAACCAGUCCAGAGCUUCAGGGGACUAAGGUUGUGCACUGAUGUGUCACCACCCAUGUCUAGCUAAAUUCUGGUACCUGGGGGGUCCAAGAGAUCUCAUAGAAUCAUAGGAUUUAGAACUGGGAGGAACCAUCUAGUCCAAUCUCAUUUCUUCAGCUGGGGAAACUGAGGCCCAGAAAGGUUAAGGCCGCACAGCUAGGGCGUAGCGAAGCUUCAAUGCAUACCCAUAUCUUCUGACUUCAGACCCUCUAGAGAGUACUCUAUUAUAGUGUACUGGGGCUAAAGCUGAAGCCAUCAGUAGAGUCAGAGGGUCUAAGUGGAGUGCAUGGUCAACAUGAAUGCAUAGAGCCAGAAAAAUAAAUCUUAGGCUGCAUUAAAAAAAAAAAAGACAGUGUCCAGAAGGAGGGACUUGACUGUCCCAUUGUCCUCUGCCCUGCUCAGCCCCAUCUGGAGGACUGGGAAUCCACUUCUGGGUAGGACAUUGAUAAGGACAGAGAAGAUGAUGAGGAUGGGGAGAGUACUGGAAAGCAAGGCAUAUGAUGAGCUUUUGAAGGACUGGGUGGACAGAAGGUCUAGGGGAAGUGUGGGAGCUGUCUUCUAGUCUUCAGAAUUCUGCUUGGCCUCAGAGGGCAAAACUAGCGGAAAAAGUAGCAGAAAAUCAGAUCUGGGCAGGUCCCAGGUCAUCCUUUCCUCCCACUUAGAGCUGUCUCUGAGUGUAAUGGGCGGCCUUGGGAGGGAGCGAUUCCCCAUCGGGUGGAGCCCGCAUACUCACUGUAGAAGGGCAAUCCCAGCUCAGGCCCAGGCUGGACCAGAUGCCCUGAGUCCCUUCCUUCCCUGGGAGUCUGUGAUCCUAUUUCAACAGGCAAAGGAACAGUUGAUGAGGUUUCAUGGCUAGAGGCUAGGCCCUGGUUCCCCAUUUUUACCAGGACCAGGAGAUUCUUGUUUCAUGGAUUAAAAACCAGAGAAAGGUAAUUAGCCCAUUUUAAAAAUGGCUGGCAGAAAGAGGGUAGGGUCGCAGCUGGCAGGCGCCAUGCCCCGAGAUCCCCCGUGCACUACAUAGAGCUCGGGCCUGGCCUCAUGGAUUAGGGCAGGCUGAGUGAGGAACGUGGAAGAGGGAAGGGGGGAAGAAGGGCAAAUUCCAGGCUUCCCUGUGCUGACCUGUGCAUGCCAAGCAUAGUCUUGUAGAAGCUUCACUGACCCUUGGCACAAGGAACGUGCCUUACAGUAAACAUGUCUUUGUGUUGGGUUUGGUGUUGGAGUGGAAAGGGAAAGGGGUGAGAUGGCUCCCCCCCCAGUCACAUAGUCCAUUCACUGGCAGCAGAGGAAGGAAAAGAAGCUGGAGGUGGAGAGGGAGAAAGGGGGAGAGGGGACAAGGCCCCAGCGUGGGCGAGUCAGGGAAUUGGAGCUCCGGGUCAAGAGUCAGGAUGCCAGACUGGACAUCGGCUAUGCGCUCCUCAGGCUGAGGCAAAUGUGAAAGUAUGUGAGGAGGCUGGAGAGGGGUGGCAUAGGAGCUAGGAGCCUGGGAUCAGAGAGUCCAUUAUUAGUGUGGACUUGCCUGACUGCCAAGGUCAAAGUGAAAGCGCAGCCAAGGAAACUGUCCCGUUGUUCUAAAGGGGAAGAUCUGGGCCCGAGAAACAGGGGGACCCGGAGGAGGGGGGAGUGCCCUCAGGAGCCUCUGAUUCUAGGGCCCCUUCCUAUCUCCACCCCCCCCGGCCAUCCCCCAGCUACCCUCACGUCUCCCUCAGGCUGAGGAAAGCGUCCAGAUGUCCAGUGAAAUACGAGAAAUGGGCGUGAAAGGAGCAGAACCAAGAGUAUGUGUUGACAGAGACAGCAAUAUUGUUCUA